UAUUGAGCGGAUUCUGACAUAUAUUGUCUUCAAUUUUCUGGUAUUGAUACCGCAAUUGUCUCUGUAUCUCGUCAAAUACGUAAUAAGUGAUUAAUAAUAGUUCAUACAGCUAACUGAGCUAAAUUAGAUUGGGAUGAACUAAACUAAAAGGUUAUAGAUUUAAAAAUAAGAUGGGUUAUUUGUGCUGGAAUUGUAUCACAAAAUAAACGAUAUUGAAGUAAUGUGUACAAUGAGUACCCAAGGUAUUGUUUUACGGUGAAAAAACAAAAUUUAAAAACCAACAAUAUUAAAGAACUGAGUAUGCUUUGUAAGACUGUUUUCACCAAAGCUGUUUUAUUCCUCAAGGUGUCACACGUUUGGAUGAUAUCUGAUUGAGGCCCACCUGUGACAGAGGCUGUAGUCAGUAUGAGUGUGGAGGGCGAGUCUAGCAGUGCGGGAAACCAGCAGGAGGAGGGUGGGGACCAAGUCCGACCCUUAGUCUCUAUCUCUGGCACACAGACAUGGGAGAAGGACAAAAAAUAUGUGGUGUAUAAGGUGGUGGUGAACAACGGAGCAAAGUCUUGGUUCAUCUUCCGACGAUACAAUGAGUUCCAUGUCCUGUUUGAAAAGGUCAAGCGUCUGUAUCCAGAGGCAAACCUGCGACUGCCAGGCAAGAAGAUAUUCGGCAACCUUGACCCUGAGUUCAUACAGCAGCGCCGAGAAGGCCUUGAUGAGUUUAUAAAGAAACUGAUUCUGCAUCCAGGACUCUCACAGCAUCCGGAGGUAAAGUCAUUCCUGUCGUUAGAUAAUCCGAGAAAUGCUCCUGACGACACUGAUCUGUCACCAGAAACCAGCGACACAAUGAGCAAAGACAGCAACCCCAUCAACCUUGGUCCCAGCGAGAAGAAAAGUGUCAAGCCGAGUGACUUUGAGUUUCUGAAAGUUAUAGGGAAAGGCAGCUUUGGAAAGGUGCUCUUGGCCCGGCACAAGAAUGAGGGAGGAGUGUACGCGGUCAAGGUGUUACAGAAACAGGCGAUUAUGAAACGUAACGAGGUCAAGCACAUUAUGGCCGAGAGAAACGUCCUGCUCAAAAACAUCAAACAUCCAUUCCUAGUCGGUCUUCAUUACUCAUUCCAGACGCCGGACAAACUCUACUUUGUCCUAGAUUACGUAAAUGGUGGAGAGCUAUUCUUCCACUUGCAACGUGAGCGCUACUUCUCCGAGAAGCGUGCAAGGUUUUAUGCAGCGGAGAUGGCAAGUGCAAUAGGCUACCUUCACUCCCUUAACAUCAUCUACCGUGAUCUCAAGCCAGAAAACAUUCUCCUAGACUCUACAGGUCAUAUCGUGCUGACUGACUUUGGUCUGUGCAAGGAGGGAAUCGAGGGUAUGGGGACGACCACGACCUUCUGUGGAACACCCGAGUACCUGGCACCAGAGGUGUUGCGGAAGCAGCCAUAUGACAAGACAGUAGACUGGUGGUGUCUGGGAGCCGUCCUGUAUGAGAUGAUGUAUGGACUGCCUCCGUUUUACAGUCGAGACACAGCGGAAAUGUAUGACAACAUUUUGUACAAGCCAUUACGACUGAGGACAAAUGUGUCUGCAGCAGCACGAUCACUGCUGGAGGGGUUGUUGCAGAAGGAGAAAGAGCAGCGUCUCGGGUCGAAGAGAGAUUUCCAGGAGAUAAAGACGCACAGUUUCUUCGCAGACAUCAACUGGACCGACCUUGAUGCCAAGAAAAUAGACCCACCCUACAACCCCAAUGUGAGCGGACAGUUGGAUCUGAAGCAUUUCGACCCGGAGUUUGUGAGAGAACCUGUACCAGCUUCAGUGGGUAAGUCCCCUGGACUGAACAAGCUAGUGAGUGCCAGUGUGAUGGAAGCAGACGGAAUGUUCCAGGGCUUCUCCUAUGUUCCUCCUGCAGAAGAUGCCUUCAGCUGAGAAUGCUGGGAUACGGCAGGGAAUUGUGGGUGAUAUUGACACUAUGGCAUCAUGGGAAACAGGACACUGGAGGAUUAUGGGGAAAAAUGGAAAUGUUGUUGUUGAGACUGUAGUAUUUUGAAGCCAGUGAAUACUGCAACAGUUGACAUGAAGUCUGUGUACGUAAACAUGCAGGAAUAAUGACCUUGAUUGGUCAUGAAUUAGUAAACUUAUGUUGUUGGUCAUACUUUUAAGUGAAAAAAAACUUCUACUUUUUUCACAUGUAUGUUUGUAAAUAGAAUAUGCAGUUUGACUUAAUGUUUAUAAAAUUUGCAAAAGAAAUUGUGGCAGUGUUAAAUCUACACUGACUGAGUAUUUAAAGAAAUAAACAUAUUUACCAAGAGGUAAUCUAUGUCUCUAUGCAAAUUUCACAUUGAUUCAAAAAGCUUUUUGACAUCAUCUUGAUAGUGUGAUGUUAUUUGUUUCAUUUUGUUAAAGAUGUGUUUAUCAAAUGGCCGAAAGAUUUUCAAAUGUUUGUUGCUCAGAGUGAUGGAAUUGAGUCAAGUACAUCAAAACAUGUGCCCCAUAACUGUGCUGUAUGUACUCAGACUGUGGCUCUGUGAUUGGAAUCAGGACUUUAUUUGAUGUAUUAUAAAUGUUACCUGCAUUGUGUUUAUAAAUCUUUGUUUGGACACUAUGCAAGGAAAUACAGCAGCAUAUGCUGGAGUAUGCUAAGUCAGUAUUCAGUGUUUAUAUGAAACUUUUGUAUGUAAUUUCAAAAGCAUAUGCCUGAUAUGUUCCCAGUUUGUUUCCUACUGGCCAGUUAUGGUUUAUAACUAUAAACAUGUUUCUUAAUGUUUUGAACGAAUAAAAAUAUCAGUGGUAAAGGUUAAUCAAACAUUUUUGUUCAUGCGAUAUAAACAGUUCUCACUUUUAUAUCUAUACUGUGUUACAUAAUUAUACAGAUUUUUAUUAUUUCAUUUUCAAUUGUUGCAGAAACAUGGGCCAUUAUAGCUGGAAAGAUAAUAAAAUAGGAUUAUACGUUUAUGCUCCAAAAUUUAUGCUCCAAAAUAAGAAGUUAUUAGAUGAAAACAGGGUUUUAAAGUUUAGGAUGAAUCCUGAACCAGGAUUACAAGCUUUUAAGUUCAGACUAUUGUACAGUUGUUAAGAUCGUUUUUGCUCGGACAUUGCAUCAAAAUCAGCAGGAAGUACCUUUAUAUAAUUUAAAAUCACUUUGGUAAAAAAUCCAAAAAGUCUCUUAGUCACUUUGAGCAUGAAGCAGUGAUAUUAACCCAUGGUAAAAAAAAAUUCAGGCGAUUGUUUUUUCGAUGACAACAUUGCACUUUUAAAAUGUCUUGUAUUUAAUGAGUUCAGAACGGUAUUAUGAUAACUAGAAAAAAAAAUCCUAGUAUAUCCAUUAAUGUAUGUCUUUAAACUGGUUAUGCUUAAUUGCUAGUCUGUUGCAUUAACAUAAUGUGAUAUGGCUGACAUUAACAAGUGCCCUUCAGGCAUAAGAAAAAAGACUUUUCUGGUAACUGUAUAGUUUACUUAUAUAUUAAAAAUUUAACUUUCUUCUGUUUUGAAAUUAAUGCAAUAAUUAAUUUCGUCUUGUUAUUUAAGAUCUCAAGGCAAUCAUUACUUAAACUCCAGUCACCAGUUACAAAUAGCACAGACUGCGAUGUGUUUAUGUAAACACACAAAGAUGCAUUUUAUAAAAGACCCAUUAUCAUUAAUGUACAUGUUUUUCAUGUAGGUUUUGGCUGGAGUUCAUUGAAAACAUACUAUGACAUACUUACUAUGUGGUCAUUGUCAUCGCAAACGAGACCUCCAUUUCAUUCAUUGUUUAGACUUGACAUUAUUUCAUUUUUCAUGUGAAUUUAUUUUUUAUGUAAGAGUUAAAUUUUCAUGCUAGUGAUACUUUAAAUAGUCUUUCAAAUAUCAAAAUAAAAAUACAUUGGAUGGAAAUUGCAGUACCAUAUUUCUGCAUUUGUUCUGAUAAAAUUAAUGGAAUAUUAAUGGCCUUAAGUUAAACCUUAGUGUCAUGUAAUUUUGAAUCAUUUAGGGAUUGAAGUGUUUUAAACCAUGUUCAUUAUUGUAUUUCAUGAUUGUUCAUGAGUUUGUGUUCAUGAUUUCAGGUGAGCAUCAUUCUGAUGUGCUUAACUUAUGUAUAUAAAGACGUCUGUAUAUAUGUUAUACAGUAUCAUAGAGAAUAUUACUUAUUGUUGAUUUUACAUUUGUUAAAUGUGAUUUUUAUGACUUUUAACAAUGGAUUCAUAUAUACAAUUAUUGUACUCAAUCAAAUCAUUGUCGAAGCUUAUGCGCUACAUGUACUCCUGAGAUGGACAGCAGGUGCAAAAUACAUGAACUCCUUUCUGGUCUUUAGUUUGGAAUUGAAUUUAAUAAUGUUUGAUAUGUUUAGUGUGUGUUAUUCUAUCUAAAAACUCUGGCAUAAUGUCAAUGUGUUUCCUCCUUAAAUCUGAAACAAUUUUUGGCUGCGUAAUGAUUUCUUUUAUAUUAAGAGAGCAAAAAUAUCUUGCACUGAAUAUAAUCCCUUGUCCAUCCCUUCAGUGUGCAUACAUGUGGUGUAAGGUAGACAACUGAUGUGUUAUUGAUAUAAAAACCAGGCUUAUGCUAGCCACAGAUGUAAAAAAGAAAUAAAAAUGAAAUAAAAAAUAUUAAAAUGUUAACACAA